AGUUUAUUUGCAAAAGCAGAUAACUUAGCUUUUAACAUUUUCAAAAAGCAUGUUUUUUUUGUGUGUGUUAUCAUGUUUUUAUUGUGUUUUAUUGCUAGUUAGCUGUAUUUUUUAGUUAUUUUUUACCUAAUCAAAAUAUCCCAACUGCAGUUUGAUUGAGAUUAACUUGAAUGCACAAUGAAAAAACAUGAUUUUUGAAAAUUGUUAAAAAUAAGAAAGAAUAAGAAGAAAUACUUAAAAUCAAUAAAUUGCUUAAACACAUUUUCUUUAUUUUCAUGACAAUUAACCAAAUCGUCCAUUAUUAUUAUUUGAAAUGACAACUCUAUUGUACAAUUGUAAAUCGUGAUAAAUUACUUUUAUCUAUGUUUUAUCUAUGAUCUAUGUUUGUCGGUAGCGCGCGCAGUUCUGGGCAGCGCGUUUAAAGGGGGGAGGGAGAGACAGAGAUUAUUAAUAACUUAGAAAGGCAUGAGCAGAUGACACUGGAGGAAAUACCCACUGCCAAUGAGAGAAACUCCAACUGAAAAAACAGCGUGGAAUACAACCAACAUCAUUUAAAGUUUACUUUGAAGAGAAAUACCGCCCAGAGACGACAAGAUCCCCAAUCAAUCAACUCCUCAAUUUGUCUGAAGAAGCGCUUUGAAUGGUUUAUCCCAGCCAAGUGAGAGACAAGCGCGAAGUCCAAUCAAAAGGAACGGAAGAUGCCGCGCAUCCAAUGGCAGAGACUGAUACAAGGAUAAGUCUCCCCAAAACGUCUUUGAAUGGUAACAUUCAUAAAAAAGGUGAACCAAUAUUUCUGGAGGGGCUGUAAACAAGGCUUAUGUAAAUGAGAAGCGUCCGUUAAGACGUCACGCACGUAUGUUUAUGUUGUGUGUUCAGCUGACACAGUUUCUUGUAGGAAACGAUGUAGUUUAUCUUUCAUCGGUGUCCUGCCCAACACAGAUCUAUGGGUGGAGCAGCAGCACAUCCACGUGGUUCGGGUGUGGAAACAACCAGAGACUUUGAGAAAUUUCUCGAACUUUCCUCGCGGUUUCAUAUAAGGGCGGUUCAGCAGCGAUGCAGGGGCAUAAAAUACCACAGGUGGACGGGACAACAGGUCUCCGACGAAAUCACCCCAAGACCUGUCUGCAGAGAUUUGUUUGAGGCUGUUUUGAACUGAACCCAACUGAUAACCGCCUCAACGCGAGCAGGACUUCUCUGAACCCGGCUGUUUGACUUCUGGAGAACAUCGCCUUCAAAGUAAGUGCUCGAUGGUGAAGAUGGGGAAGGAUUAUUACAGUGUGCUGGGGAUACAGAAAGGCGCAUCCGACGAUGAGAUCAAGAAAGCUUAUCGCAAACAAGCGCUCAAGUACCAUCCGGACAAAAACAAGUCGCCCGGCGCCGAGGAAAAGUUCAAGGAGAUCGCGGAGGCUUACGACGUUUUGAGCGACCCGAAGAAGAAAGACAUUUAUGACAGAUUUGGUGAAGAAGGACUGAAGGGAGGCAUCCCCGGCGGUGGAGGUGGAGGGGGUAAUUUCACCUACACUUUCCAAGGCGAUCCUCAUGCAAUGUUUGCAGAGUUUUUUGGAGGACGGAACCCUUUUGAACAGUUUUUUGGACGCAACGGUGGCACGGAUGAGUAUAUGGAAACAGAUGACCCGUUUGCCAGUUUUGGCAUGGGUGGGAUGGGUGGUUUUCCCCGCUCUUUUAACACGCGCGGUCACGGCGAGAGACUGGAGAAAAAACAGGACCCUCCGGUGACCCACGACCUGAGGGUCAGUCUAGAUGAAGUGUUCACUGGCUGCACCAAGAAGAUGAAAAUCUCACGCAAACGUCUGAACCCCGACGGAAGAACAACGCGCACUGAAGACAAGAUUCUUACACUGGAGGUGAAGAAAGGCUGGAAGGAAGGAACCAAGAUUACUUUCCCCAGGGAAGGUGAUGAGACGCCAACAAACAUUCCCGCAGACGUUGUGUUUGUAGUGAAAGAUAAACCACAUCACGUGUACAAAAGAGACGGAUCAGACAAUUUUUCCGCAAAAAUUACACUCCGAGAGGCACUUUGUGGUUGUACGGUCAACGUCCCAACACUGGAUGGUCGCAAAAUUAAGUUACCUACUCAGGAAAUUAUUCGUCCCGGGAUGAAACGGCAUGUCACUGGGGAGGGUCUUCCUCUUCCGAAAUCCCCAGAUCGCCGCGGGGACUUGGUUGUCGAAUAUGAGGUCAUGUUUCCUGAAAGGUUGAGUCAGAGUGCCAAAGACACUAUCGCAAGUGUUUUGCCAGCUUCUUGAGCUGCGUAUAUUACAACGCUGGAGCCGCUGCCAUUGGGGAUUUUGGUUUCAUAGCAUUAAAGAUGAAUAUUUGAACUCAGCCCAAUAAGGUGCCCAUUUGCUGCUGCAAAACAAAACUGUUAUUCUGUAACAUACUGCUAUUAAGAGACUAUCUGAACCAAAACAUAGCUGGACUGGACUGGUUUAUUUAUGUCAUGUGCAUGAACACAAGUUUCCUUUGGGUCUAGUCCAGCAGAAAGUCUCCGGCUGUGGCCUCUGGGCCAGUGUUUUGUUGUGCACUACACAGAUCUAAGUUUACAAUGUUGACUUGUUCCAAAGAUGGACAGUAGAGGAUGUUGUGACGUGUGGGGAUACGUAUGGUUUCUUUUCUGACUUGAUACCUCAGGAAAGGCUUUCUGUGAAAGCAGCCUGUAUGGAGUCGUUUAGUAAUGUCAUGAAAAGUCAUUCACAAUGUAGUGGUGGCCCAAAGUGAUCCCUGCUUGGAUUGUCCCUCAUCUAAGUAUGUGAAUCAGCACAUGCAAGAAAUCACCUAGACAGCAAAUUUACAGAAGAAAUGUGAUUUUAUUAUUAUAAAAAGGUAAAGUAAAAAGGA